CGUAGGUCAGUGCAGUUGCUGCUUCCUGUCCUCGGUUUCCCGAGCUGGGCAAUACGAAGUGGUCGUGGUGUGGCUGUUCCCAGGGGCCCCCAUGGCUGAGGGCGACGUAGGGAGCGACCAGAGGCAGAAUGAGGAAAUCGAAGCCAUGGCUGCCAUUUAUGGAGAAGAGUGGUGUGUUAUAGAUGAUUGUGCCAAAGUAUUUUGUAUUAGAAUCAGCGACGACAUAGAUGACCCAAAGUGGACACUUUGCUUGCAGGUGAUGCUACCGAGUGAAUAUCCAGGUACAGCGCCACCUAUUUAUCAGUUGAAUGCUCCUUGGCUGAAAGGGCAAGAACGUGCAGACUUAUCAAACAGCCUUGAGGAAAUAUACAUACAGAAUAUUGGUGAAAGUAUUCUUUACCUGUGGGUGGAGAAAAUAAGAGAUGUUCUGAUACAGAAAUCCCAGAUAACAGAGCCAGGCCCAGAUGUAAAGAAAAAAACUGAAGAGGAGGAUGUUGAAUGUGAAGAUGACCUCAUUGUAGAACAUCAGCCAGCAAAUGCAGUUAAAACAGUGGACUUCAACAUCAGUGAACAUGUACCAGAAAUAGAAGAGCUGCCUCCAGUUGACCAUGGCGUUCCUAUCACAGACCGAAGGAGCACUUUUCAGGCCCAUGUGGCCCCCGUAGUGUGUCCUAAGCAGGUGAAAAUGGUUCUUGCGAAAUUGUAUGAGAAUAAGAAAAUAGCCAGUGCCACCCACAAUAUCUAUGCCUAUAGGAUAUUCUGUGAGGACAAGCAGACCUUCUUGCAGGACUGUGAGGAUGAUGGAGAGACAGCUGCUGGGGGGCGUCUUCUUCACCUCAUGGAGAUUUUGAAUGUGAAGAAUGUCAUGGUGGUGGUAUCCCGUUGGUAUGGAGGAAUUCUGCUGGGACCUGAUCGUUUCAAACAUAUCAACAACUGUGCCAGGAACAUACUGGUGGAGAAGAACUUCACGAGUUCACCUGAGGAGUCAUCUAAGAGUUUGGGAAAGAAGAAAGUAAAAAAAGACAAGAAGCGGAGUGAACAUUAAUACUUGAAACUGAAUGAAAGAUUAAUUUUCGAGUCAUUGUGUACACAUUCCACAGUGGUUAAUGAAUACACGAAGAUGGCCACUUGACAGCUCGAGUCAGCCAGUUCAUCAUGGACACCAGCAUUAUGUUUCCUUCCUUGGUUCUAUCAUUUGCCAAAACUAGAGAAUUUAGGAUCUAUUCACAAGUGUUUCAGGCUUGUGUGGAACUGAUAUGAGCUUAGUCACCGUUUCCUAUAACUCUUGGAAGGUGGCAGAUGCGGGGUGUUGUACCUGAGCUAACUGUCCAUUUCAGUUUGUGUCAAGUGCCUUUGUUUGGCAGGGAAGAUGUGUCUUCAGAAGACUAAAUGCCUGAUUUCUUAUGACAGAUAUUCUCACAGCGUUAAAUGAACAGGCUUUUAUUGCUCCUGCAGCUUCUCAGAGUGGGGGCUCAGUGAAGACUGCAGUCGUGGAGAAUCUUUCCUUGUGAUUUUACAAGCUUGUCACUUAUCAUCUUAUAGUGUUCAUCAUGGAGUAAUAGUAAGUGAAAAUCCAGGAGUAUCCAUCUGUGACUAUGUGCCAAAGUGGACGUUCCACAUAUCUGCUAGCCCAGGUGUUAGUCCUCCUUUUGUUGAAAGUUGGUGUUCGUGAAAUUUCAAAAUGUGAUUUUUUAGUCUCUGCCUUUUAUUAAUUCCUGUAAUGAAACAGUGAGUGUUGAGUCUCAGGAGUCCUUCCAUCCCUUAAGUGUAGUGAGGUACCAUUACAGUGUCUCUGAACAACCUGGGAGCGCCUUCCUUGUGUCCUCCUCUGGGCUGUGGCCAACGGGACACUUCAGUAAGGUGAGCUAGCAGAACACCACAGGUGCAGGGGGAGCUGGACUAGUUUGCACACUUGCAGGGGGAGCUGGACUAGUUUGCACACUUGCAGGGGGAGCUGGACUAGUCUGCACACUUGCAGGGGAGAGCUGGACUAGUCUGCACACUUGCAGGGGAGAGCUGGACUAGUCUGCACACUUGCAGGGGGAGCUGGACUAGUCUGCACACUUGCAGGGGGAGCUGGACGAGUCUGCACACUUGCAGGGGAGAGCUGGACUAGUCUGCACACUUGCAGGGGAGAGCUGGACUAGUCUGCACACUUGCAGGGGGAGCUGGACUAGUCUGCACACUUGCAGGGGAGAGCUGGACUAGUCUGCACACUUGCAGGGGAGAGCUGGACUAGUUUGUAUACACUUGCAGGGGAGAGCUGGACUAGUUUGUAUACACUUGCAGGGGGAGCUGGACUAGUUUGUAUACACUUGCAGGGGGAGCUGGACUAGUCUGCACACUUGCAGGGGAGAGCUGGACUAGUUUGCACACUUGCAGGGGAGAGCUGGACUAGUCUGCACACUUGCAGGGGGAGCUGGACUAGUUUGCACACUUGCAGGGGGAGCUGGACUAGUUUGUAUACACUUGCAGGGGAGAGCUGGACUAGUUUGCACACUUGCAGGGGAGAGCUGGACUAGUUUGCACACUUCCAGGGGAGAGCUGGACUAGUUUUAGUUUGCACACUUGCAGGGGGAGCUGGACUAGUUUGUGCACACUUGCAGGGGGAGAGCUGGACUAGUUUGCACACUUGCAGGGAGAGCUGGACUAGUUUGUGCACACUUGCAGGGGGAGCUGGACUAGUUUGUGCACACUUUCUGGGGGAGAGCUGGACUAGUUUGCACACUUGCAGGGGAGAGCUGGACUAGUUUUAGUUUGCACACUUGCAGGGGGAGCUGGACUAGUUUGCACACUUGCAUCUGUAUCUGGACAGUAUUUUAGUUCUGUGAUUUUUGUUGAGAGAUGGAGGGAAAAAUCUUUUAAUUAGGAAAAUAAAUUCUUUCCCUACAAAUUCUUGGCAAAUCUCCCCUUUAACAGUGUUUUAUUUAUUUAAUUAUGUUUCACCUCAUGUUUCUUGUAAGGAAAAAGACAGAGAGUGUCCCUUUGAGAUGUAGGUAACUUGUACACUGUUAUCUAUCAGAUAUAUGCCAGCAAUUACUAAGUUCAUCAAGUGAUCACAGGCUUGUUUGACUCCCCUCCCAAGGAAGGGACCAGAAAGAAAUUAGGAAGAAGCUUGGGAUGGCACUGGAAUGUGGAGCAUCCGAGAGUGGGCAGAUGUUCUUCUCUGACCUUUAACCCUGGAAGCUCCACAUCCUCACUUGGUAUUUUAAAUAGGAAUCCAGGAGCCAGCUUUACACUAGAGUGGGUUCUGAGACAGAAGUCUUAUUUUCAACAUUAUUUAAUGUUGUAAGUUAUCAAGAACUAUAGGAUGACCUAUAUGUGUGUAUUUGGAACACUUACCUCUGUUUCCAUGAAAUGCUGAGUAUAUCCUAUGUAUUAACUGUUAUGAAACUUAGACAUUAUUUGCUAAAGAUAAUUUCACAAUAUUGACAUUUCAGACCUGUGAAAAGCAAUACAAACACUAAAAUUUAUCCUGCAGGAGGAAGGAGUAAUUUUCCCAGCACACUGAUUUUGAGUUUCUUUCCUGGUGUUUUGUCUAAAGUGUAUUAGUGUUUAAAGAAGACAAAACUUUUUUUUAUAUCUCUGAUCUCAUUUCCUUCACUUAAAAAAUGUUAUGUUUUCUUCAUUUUACAAGGUUACUAACCAUAUUUUGUGGGUUGAGCUCCUUAACCUUCUUCACUGAAGGAGGGAGGAGAGAUCCCAAAUUCUUCAGUUCUAACUCCUGAAAUUAUAUAUUUCACUCUUACCAUCAAUGCAAAAUAAUGGUAGCAUAUUUUUCUCUAUUAAAAUAGAGAAAAAUCAUAUGUAGAGAAUUUUCUAGUUCUCCAGAUAAUAACUUUCUAUAGUCAGGUGUCCGCUGUGGUGUUUUGUAUAUUAUAUUAGUUACAAUUUUCCUCAUAUGCUGGUAUGUAAAAGCAAGUAGCAUCUACUUUACUGGGCAUAGCAGUAGCUGCAUGAUGGAGAUGUUUGUAUACCUUAGGAUAGGCUGUUGGAAGGACAUUAGUUCAAACCAAUCACGGAUCAGUUGAAGCAGUUACUGUGUGGAGGGCAGGUUGAAUGAUACUGGGAAAAUUGUAAUCGCAUCCAGUCCACUAAAGAGAUAACAAUAAAUGGUGUAUACAGUUCUUAUUUUUUCUUAUGCAUGAUUUUGUAUAUAUGGUAUUUUUCUUUUCAUAAAAAUGACAUUAAAGUAUAUAUACUGUUUUUUAUCCUACACAUUUCAUAUAGAAGUAUAUUGUUAACAUUUUCCCAUAUCAAUAAAUAUUCUUCUAUGGCU